AUGUCUGACCAGACCAAUGCUGCAUGGCCACUUGCGGACCAAGCCAUGACCCAGACAAUCCUGGAUCUCGUCCAGCAGGCCUCCCACUAUCGACAGCUUAAGAAAGGCGCCAACGAGGCCACCAAGACGCUCAACCGCGGCACCUCCGAAAUUGUCAUUCUUGCUGCUGACACGACUCCCCUCGCGAUUCUCCUCCACCUCCCCCUGCUUGCUGAGGAUAAGAACGUGCCAUAUGUGUACGUGCCCAGCAAGAUGGCUCUUGGACGUGCGUGCGGAGUCAGUCGUUCCGUCAUCGCCGCUAGCAUCACGACCAAUGAAGCCAGCGAUUUGAAUGCGCAGAUUCAGACUCUGAAAAAUAACGUCGAGAGAUUGAUGAUUUAG